UCGCACAACCAGCCCUUCUUUAUUGUAUCUGGCAACAGUAAAACCUCUGUAUUGUUAAUCUUGUACUGGAUCGACGAAGUCGUGUUUGCAAACGUAAUUUGUAUAAGUAAUUCGACCACAAUGUCGGACGAAAAACCUGGAACGUCAUCAGAAGGGGGAUCUGCAUCUACAAAGACAGACCAGCCUUUGAGUUCAGGUUCUGCGAUGGCUUUGAAGACUUGGGAAAUGCAGAACAAUAUGGAAAUUGUUCACUCAGUCGACGAAAUCUACAAAUACGAGCUGAAACAGCAACAAGAAAUGUUGAAUGCAAAACCAUGGACAAAGGAUCCGCAUUAUUUUAAAACCAGUAAAAUAUCUGCACUUGCUUUACUCAAGAUGGUUAUGCAUGCUAGGUCAGGCAAGAAUUUGGAGGUUAUGGGUCUGAUGCUCGGAAAGAUAGAUGGCCCAAACAUGCUUGUCAUGGAUUGCUUUGCACUUCCUGUUGAGGGCACAGAGACACGGGUCAACGCACAAGCCGCUGCAUACGAAUACAUGACAGCCUAUGUUGAUAAUGCUAAACAGGUUGGCAGACUGGAGAACGUGAUCGGUUGGUAUCAUAGCCAUCCAGGAUAUGGUUGCUGGCUUUCUGGAAUUGAUGUUGAUACCCAGAUGUUGAACCAGCAAUUCCAAGAACCAUUUGUGGCGAUAGUGAUUGAUCCAACACGAACCAUCAGCGCUGGGAAAGUUAAUAUUGGAGCGUUCAGGACAUACCCCAAGGGUUACAAACCACCAGACGAAGGCCCUGAUGAAUAUCAAACAAUUCCUCUCAGUAAGAUUGAAGAUUUUGGAGUUCAUUGCAGGCAAUACUACUCUCUCGAGAUCACAUAUUUCAAAUCGUCAUUGGACAAAAGAUUGCUGGAAAGUUUGUGGAAUAAAUAUUGGGUUUCUACGCUGAGUAGCUCAAGUUUGAUUACAAACAGGGAAUACAUGACUGGCCAAAUCUUUGAUUUAUCUGAAAAGUUGGAACAGGCGGAAACGCAAUUGUCACGCUCCAGUAGUUCUAUUUACUCUUUUGAUACGCAUGACCGAAGAACAGAAGAUAAACUUGCAAAAGCUGCAAAGGACAGCAAAAAAUUAACAGUGGAAGCAAUUCAUGGACUGAUGUCACAAGUAAUAAAGCAUCAAUUGUUUAAUCAACCGAAACCAACACUAGAGGCAGCAGAGACAUGAAGCAGCAGUUUUUGAAUCUUGUAAUAAUAACUCUGAGAGUUCGUAUCGUGGCCGCAUCAAGGCUCGGCUGUGCAUAUUUGAAAAAUUGCAAGAGAGACCACUCAGACCAGAGCUCUAUUUUAUAUUAUAUAUUUCUACUUGGUACUCCCGUAGUAUGUGUACCAGGUUAGGGCAUAAUUUUAUUCAGAUUCCCCUUAUAUUAGUUCUAUUACGAGUUUGGGACUGUUUGUGUUAGCCAAGUGAAUAUACCCCUGCCCAUAGGUUUCAGUCCCUUUACACAACUUGAUGUAAACUAGGCGAACAAAAAUAGUUACUUCCAUAUUGGUACACAUACUUCUGGAACGUCCUCUAUUUAAUCCAUGCGGUUUCCAAAAUGUGCUGUCCAAUGGGUCCUAUCCGCCAAAUAUUCUCCAAUUUAUUUUAAUUGGGGCUUGCGUUUUCUCGAGAUGGAGACUGGCCACUACAAGCUGUGUUUGUGUAACUUUUCUAUGCUUCGUCAUGAAGUUCUAUUUUCGUAAAGUAAAAAUUUACGAAUGAUAUUAAAGACUGUUUUCAAUGUUG